AUGGCUACACAUCUUGACAUUACAGAUCACAAAAGUAAUGCCGUCUUGUAUCAAGCGCUAUCAGAUAGAGAUGAAGCCGUAGUAAUUGACAAGUGCAAAGGCUUUCCAGAUGGCCCUUUGCACGUAGUAACAAUACAUGGUGAUACUGUUCUCCACCUUGCCAUCUGGUACAAAUAUGCUGGUUUGGUUCUUAAGCUAAUUGGUUCACUAUCAGAAGACCAGUACAAUAAACUCACACUGACAAAUGCUUCUGGAAACACACUGCUGCAUGCAACAGCAACCAACGAUAAAUCAGUUAGGGUCGCAGAAGCAAUCCUUCUCCGGGCUCCUUCAUUGCUCACCAUGACCAACAGGUUUGGGGAGACUGCUCUUUUCCGUGCAGCUCGUUAUGGCAAGAAAGAAAUUUAUUGUUUUCUUAGUAAUGAAAUCAGUAGUAGGAGAUUUCCAGAUGAACUACUAUUUUUCAGGACCUUUCUUCAAAGAGAUGAUAAAGCUACUAUAUUUCAUGUUGCAAUUCAUAGUGAGAACUUCGAUUUGGCACAUCAUAUAAUUGAUAAAUAUCCAAGUUUGAUUAACAAAGAGGAUAAAGAUGGGAUGACCGGCCUUCAACUUCUUGCAAACAAGCCAUUGGUUUUUGACAGUGACUCACGAGAUAAUUUCGUCAAGUGGCUCAUAUACAAGUUAGCUGAUUCACAUCCUAAAGGAAGAACUAGUAGAGUGCCUAUCCUAAAAGAAAUUCAAAAACGAAAGCUGAAAAGUGAAUUAGCAAAGAACCUUGCAUCCUUUUUGAUCGACAAGGAUGUUUCAUGGGAAGCAACAGGACCCCUCUCAGAUCAUUCGACAUUCAGAGUCCACAACUUCAGAGGAGAUGCUUCCACAGUUCAGCAGACAAGGCAUUCACCGGUAUCUCAAGAAAUUUCUCAUUCAACAUUGUUUCUAGCCACGGAAUCAGGUUGCACAGAAAUUGUAAGAAAAAUAUUGGAAGUCUACCCUCAAGCAAUAGAACAAAUUGAUGAGGAUGGGUGUACUAUUUUGCACGUGGCAAUUAAAUAUCGAAGAAUGGAGAUCUAUGAAACCGUGACCAAUAUGAAGUCUACUUUAACAAGGAUAAGAGAGAAAAUUGACAAACAAGGCAACUCGAUUCUGCACAUGGUUGGUCAUAAAGUUAGAGAUCAGAAAGCCGAGGGGGACAUCAGAAGCCCUGCUCUUAUACUACGCGAAGAUUUGCUUCUGUUUGAGAGUGUGAGCAAAGCAUGUACAAGGUUAGGACGUCUGCAGAUAAAUGCCGACGGAAAGACUGGUGAACAACUAUUCAAUGAGAAAAAUGAGCAGCUCCGCAUGGAUGCUAAGCAGUGGAUGAGGAGCACAGCUGAGCACUGCACCAUUGUUGCUGUGCUCAUUGCCACUGUUGCCUUUGCUGCAGCUUACACUGUACCCGGAGGUCCAAAUCAACAAACAGGUUAUCCACUUCUCAAGAACAAACCAUAUUUCAUAAUCUUUGCCCUAGCAGAUGCACUUUCGCUCACGUUUUCUUUGACAUCAGUUAUCUUAUUUCUUUCCAUCCUCACAUCUUCAUUUAGACUAUGGGAUUUUAAGAGCCAUCUGCAUAACAAACUCUUACUAGGCCUUACCAUGCUGAUCCUAUCUGUGUCAAUGAUGAUGGUUGCGUUUGCAGCCACACUUAUCCUAACCAUUAGUAGUGCACAACAUUGGACGAACAUCAUCUUGUACACGAUUUCAUUUCUGCCUGUUAGUGUGUUUCUACUCUCUUAUGUACGUCUUUACAUACGGCUAAUCAAAGCACUGGCAACUACUAUUUGCAAGAAUAUAGCUUUACUACUUCCUGUACGUGAUAUUGAAAUCUCCCUAGCAAAUCAGGAUACCGGGCUGCCCUCUCAUGACUUUGUUUGAUAUAUCCUUUUGAACAAAUUUUCCAUGAAAAUCUCAUGACUUUUGAUGCUUUUGGUUCUUUUAAACCCCUUGUACGCUAAUGUAUCAAGUUUCUACUACGACUGUUUGAUAAAUUACUCACAAUAGUUUGUUUUAGGCUUCAUUUUCUCUUUCGAGACUAUGUAAUUGUAUCCUGGUUUUAUUCAUAUUAUUAAAUUAUGGAUUUCUAUUUAA